AUGAGAAGAGAACAGAUGCACAGUGAGAAGAAAGAGGGGGCUUUCUGUGUGUGGACGGCUGCAGAGAUUAGACAGCUACUGUCUGAGAUCGUAGAAGGGGCCACUGGUGGAGCCACACAGGCAGACAUCUUCAUGCACCACUAUGGUGUCAAAGAGCAAGGCAACGUGGAGCCUGAGCAGGAUCCACAUGGGGAGUUGCUGGGUCAGAAUGUGCUUAUUGUCCGCUACUCUGUGGAGCUCACAGCAGCCCAGUUUGGCCUGGAUUUGGAGAGGGUUACUGAGAUCCUGGCCAGCAGCAGGACCAAGCUGGCUGAAGUGAGAAGAGCACGACCCCCACCCCACCUGGACUCCAAGAUGCUGGCCUCUUGGAACGGUUUGAUGUUGUCUGGGUUUGCGCGUGUGGGAGCUGCACUGGGGGAUAAGGCCCUGCUGAAGAGAGCUGAAGAGGCAGCUCACUUCCUGAAGAGGCACCUUUGGGAUGAGGGGGACCGAAGGAUGCUGCACUCCUGUUACCGUGGCGAGGAGAUGGAGGUGGAACAGAUAGAAUCACCAAUUGCAGGCUUCCUGGAUGAUUAUGCCUAUGUGGUGGCUGGGCUGCUGGAUCUGUUCGAGGCCACACAGGCAGUGGAAUGGCUCCAAUGGGCUGAAGAACUCCAGCUGAAGCAGGACCAAUUGUUCUGGGACGAUCAAGGCGGUGGCUACUUCUGCAGUGACCCGAGUGACCCCACUGUGCUUCUGAAGCUCAAGCAGGAUCAGGAUGGAGCAGAGCCCAGUGCCAACUCUGUGUCAGCCCUGAAUCUGCUCCGCCUCUCUCAGCUCACGGGCAAGCAGGAUUGGAUGGAACGCUGCCAGAGACUGUUGGCGGCCUUCUCUGAUAGGCUGGUCAGAGUGCCUAUUGCCUUGCCAGACAUGGUUCGGGGCCUUAUGGCUCUGCACUACUCCCUGAAGCAGAUCGUUAUCUGUGGCCAGCCUGAUGCAGAGGACACGGCCAACCUGAUUGCCUGUGUCCACUCCCUGUUCCUGCCUCAUAAAGUGCUGUUAGUGGUAGAUAGUGACACAGAUGGAUUCCUUCACCUGCGACUCCCCGUCCUCUCUUCACUGCGUCCGCUUGAAGGUAGAGCCACAGCCUUCGUCUGCCAGAACUUCUCCUGUGCCCUGCCUGUCACCUGCCCACAGGAGCUCCGUAGGCUGCUGCUGGAAUGAGACUGACCCCCACGUAUGCAGAGUUGGAUACGCACAAGCCUGAGUACCUGCUAAUGCUGUCAAAAGGACCUCUUGGGUCAUUUAGGGAGUUAUCUAAUUAAAAUGUAACCAGCAUAGUCAUCUUGAGAUACUUUUGGAUUGUUUCACAGAGAAAGUUGAAUUGACACUGGAGACAAUGGCUGAAUAACUGUUAGUGCCAGGCAUUGCAGUAAGGUAAGGUAGGGCCAUCUGAACCCAACUAAUUCUUUCAGAGUAACAUUAGUCUCAGUCAUGCAUUAGUCAUGUUCUAGUCCUAAGCCACUGAGGACAUAAGCCACAUGGGACCAGCUUGGACAUGUAGGUAGGAUGUGUCUCACAAUGUCUACAAUAACCGCUUUAGACUGUGAACAAGAAAUUGAUAAGUCCGCUUGAUCUUGAAUGAAAUAAAAUGUGAAAUAUAGUAAACUGUAUGGACAACUUAAGCUGAAAUAAAGAUGUCUUGAUUAGUUA